ACGACUAGAAGUGAAAGAAAGUCCAAUGAGCAGAAUGGUUGCUAGCUAAUCUGUGAUUCUAUUCUAUUUUAUUCUCGCAGCUAGGCAGUUUCGAUCCCUGGCUGGGUAAUCUAUCUUUCUUUCUCGCGUCGUCGCGCGCACAAGAAAGAUGAAAGGAUUUUCCCUCCAACUUUCGCUGUCUUCCUUCCAACGGAAACCAUGAUCGUCUGAUUCUCUAAUUCUCCUCCACCUCGUUUAUUUUGUCCACUCUGUUUCCUUCCAGAAAACGAUGUCGCAGCAGAGGUUCCAGGCGGCUGCGCUGGUGGCGUCGCCGUCUUACCCGAACGCCGUAGCUUGGUCCGAGGAGAACUUAAUCGCAGUUGCAUCCGGCCACCUUGUUACCAUUCUGAAUCCAGCAACUCCAGUUGCACCACGAGGCCUCAUCACAUUGCCUGCUUACAAGCCUUUUCCAAUUGGAGUGAUUCAUCCACAAGAUAUCCUCGCUCCUUGUAUCUUACCUACUAGUUUAUCUCGUGAUGCUCGUCCUUGUGUCCGGUCAAUCUCUUGGUCUCCAAUUGGAUAUGCUCCUAAUGCAGGUUGUUUGCUUGCUGUUUGCAGCACUGAUGGACAUGUGAAGCUUUAUCGUAUGCCCUACUGCGAGUAUUCAGCAGAGUGGAUAGAGGUUGCAGAUAUUUCUGAGAUGUUUCACUCUUAUCUUGCGAGUGUCAAUUUUAAGGAAUCAGACGUUUUAUCAUCUGGAAUUGUAGAGGAGCAAAUUAAUGACACUCAGAUGGACCAAAGUUGCGGAGAUACCCAGCAAGUGUCCAUCUUAAAGGCAUUGACAGUAGUUGAGAAUGCACGUGGCAACCUGAAAAAUAAUAAUGUGCGUGACAUUGUUGCUGUGCCUGAUUCUAGACGGAAGCAUGCCAAAAAAGGCCCAGAAGAUUGUAAUUUGUCACUAAUAACUGCAGAGCAAUUUGCAUCUCGCAAUUCGAUGCUGGCAUCACUUGUUGUGGCUUGGUCCCCCGAUAUGAUCUUGACUGCAGGGGUUGAAGAAGCUUCUGCUGAUUAUGUCCUAAGCAACUGCUCUGUGCUUGCAGUUGGAGCAAAAUCUGGUAGAAUAUCACUCUGGAGGAUAUGUCAACCACAGCGCUACUCUAGCACAAACUCUAGGGAAUUGACAACUGCUUCACUCAUUGGACUUUUCCAGGCACACGAUUCUUGGAUAACAGCACUUAGUUGGCUGCAUAUUUCAGAUGCUUCAAACCCUCAGCUUCUACUGGCUACUGGUAGUUCUAAUGGGUGUGUGAAAGUAUGGCAGGCAUAUGUCAAUCAACUGCUGAAGUCGUCAGAAGUUAGUGAUGUACUAGUUUCUCUGCUGAAGGAGAUUUCAACCAUUGACUCUUCCCCAGCCUCUGUGAUUUCAUUUACUGUGCCCAUAGAAUCAACAGGCAAACUAUUCUUAGCUAUUGGCAGAGGAUCUGGAUCAUUAGAAGUUUGGAUUGGUGAAUUAAAAUCUAGCAACUUUGACAAAGCGUGCUGUCCUGAUGCUCAUGAGCAUAUAGUUACCGGUUUAGCUUGGGCCUUUGGCACAAAUUGUUUGUAUAGCUGCAGCCAGGAUGACACUGUCCGCUGCUGGAUUUUGCAUGACGAUGUCCUGAGUGGAGUACCACUUCCUUCAAAUACCACUGGCGUGAGGAGCCAAUUUGAUGUUCCAAACGUAUAUGAUUCAUGCUUUGGUUUGGCAUUAUCCCCUGGAAACUUAGCAAUGGCCGCGGUUCACAGUUUUGACACUGAUCUGUUAGAUCCGAUGUAUGAGGCAAGGACUUUAAAAGGUGCCAUUGAGUUCCUUUGGAUUGGAGGACAGCAGCUGGACCUUACAUUGAACAUGCAUCCAGAUCCUGAACUUGAAGCUUUUACAGGUUUACCUGAGAGAGAACUAAUGAGCUGGAAGAAUAAUGUAUUUUGGUCAUUCAAUCAAUUUGAGCAUAUGAAUAAGCCACUGGUUAUCUGGGACGUUGUAGCUCCAUUUUUGGCCUUCAGGCAGUCUAUACCCCCUUAUGUGGAGCAUAUAUUGAUUAGAUGGAUGAGAACCUUUUUUCGAUCAGAAUUUGAGGUUUCACCUUCAAUCUCAUCUAAAAUAUGUAAACUACUAUCAAACACCACAUCCCGUCAGUUGCACAUGCUCAAUGUCAUUAGCAGAUGUGUAUUUCUUAAAGAACUGAAGGCAGAGCAGAUAAAUUGUAAACUGCAGGACUUCGAGGGAUUUGAUGGUGCAGAACCGCAGCAAAGUUUUUGGUUAAAUCUGGUGUGCAACAUUGAAAAGGAACUACGAGAAAGGCUUGUGUGUUUUAACUUCUUGGCCAUUUUGAGAAUUGUUUCAAAUUCCACCGCCGAGUUUUCAAAAUCUAGAUGCUGGACUGCUGUUGGACUAGGCCAGAUGGUGCAAUGGGUUGCAUCUAAUCCUGAUAAAUUAAGCUAUCAUGUUAAAGUUCUCACAGAAAAAAUUGGAAAGAUUGAGAAGAGACUUCGCUCCUUAUGCGAUUAUGUAGCGGAAGAGAGAUGUAGUUUCUGUUCAGCACCUGUUCCAUUUGAAUCAACAGAAGUUGCAUUUUGUGAGGGAGAGAGAAUUGAUGAUGGAGUUGGGCAGAGCCACAAACUACGACGGUGCGCCGUUUCCAUGAUGGUCUGCCCUAACACUCCUACCUGGUUUUGCAUAUGUUGUCAUAGAUAUGCUUCGUCUUUAGCACAUACGGCUCUUUUUACAAUGCCGAAAUCUCCAUUAGACUCCAAUCAUGUUUCUGAAUCUCUCACCCCUGAGGAAUCUAGAAAACCUUUGUGUCCAUUUUGUGGGAUAUUGUUGCAAAGACCACAACCGGAUUUUCUUCUCUCCCCUUCUCCUGUAUAAUUAGUACAUGAAUGUUUUUGGUAAGUUUGUGUAACCUCCAAGCACUUGCUCACAUUAAAGAGACGAGACAUGUACGGGGAAAGAAGGGGCAUGCUGUCAAAGGAAGGAAAGGAAGACUUCUGGCUGGCGUUAUGCUUGUUGAGUUGAGUGGGCAUAUAAAGUUUAGCCAAUGAAUUGCAGAUGGCGUCCACCCACAGGAUUGAUUAUAAGAGCAUGAAAUGAAAUGAGUUAAUUAUAUGUUAGUAGUAAUUUUUGAGGACCUAGCAAGUAUGAUAAUUCUUACUACGUACAUGUCCAUAUUGAAGAUUUCCUUUUCUAUU